AGUGGGCAGUGCGACCGCGGCUGCCGAAGCACCGCGCAGGCUGCUGACUCGCCUGCUGCCUUCCGUUCCGUUAGCGUCGAAGGCGUUUCGCCGAGUUUCCGCGCAUCGCACAGUAGCAGCGGCCGCGUCCCAGUUGCUGAGGUGCGCACGUGUUAACUUCGAGACGACGUUCUCUCUUAUGAGACACACACAUACUGGGAGAAUAAAUGUGGAAGAGUACUUCAAAAUAUUACCGAUACUGUGACACUUCAGUGACAAGCGUGUGCGGCUAGUUAAUUUACUUCCAUCCUCAUAACUUGCGCAGUGUGUUCGUUGCUUGGUUCCUCGAAACAUAUCGCACUUACGGCGAAGUUAAUGGCAGUCACAAGCACGCACGUAUGAUGUGUGUCAACUGAAGCGAGAGGAAUUAAAACCACAGUCUUCCUGGAGGCCAACCCAGAAACAGCAAGUAGCCUGCAAGUAGCCUCACUGAUAACACGCCAGGAAAAGCUAUUGACCUCAGUGUAAAGUCUUGGACCACGAAAGGAACGCAUGAGGUGCGUUUUUCCAAAGUACUCCCCAGAUGCCUGUUUGAGCUCUGAAUAUUGGAAGCCUCAUCUAGGGACAUGUCUUAAGAAGAUUAACUGCUUUGCGUCUACUUGGUUCCACCACAAUGGCAGUAUCGACUGUAAAGUGAAGAAAGACACAAGCAAAGAACCGGUAGAGUUGCACUGAGAAGAUUACUGCCCCAUACAUUUCCCUGAAGACCUGAUGUAGAAAGUACAACAGCGAUCUCGGAGGAUGCGACAUCGCAGCAGCGGCGCCGGAUCACUGGCGCCGUCGCCACAGCGCGGCUGAUGUGGAGGCGCGACGCCGUGACGUCAUGAACAGCAGUGGUGCGGACAGCCAGAACGCGACAGCGGCGGACACGGCGUGGGCGCGCGACGAGGCGCUGGCGCGCGUCGAGCUGGCCACGCUGUCCCUCAUCCUGGCCGUCACGCUGCUGGCCAACGGUGCCAUCCUAGCGGCGCUGCUCUCCAGGAGGCGGUGGGCCGGCCGGCGGAUGUACUUCUUCAUGGCGCAGCUGAGCGUCGCCGACCUUCUCAACGGGCUGCUCAACGUGCUGCCGCAGCUCGCCUGGGAGAUCACCUUCCGCUGGAAGGGCGGCGCGGUGCUGUGCAAGAUGGUGAAGUACGGGCAGCCGCUGGGGCCGUACCUGAGCUCGUUCGUGCUGGUGGUGACGGCGCUGGACCGCCACCAGGCGGUGUGCCGGCCGCUCACCUACUGCUCCUGGACCUACCAGCGCUCCAGGGCCAUGAUGCGCGUCGCCUGGGCCGCCGCGCUGCUCUGCUGCGUGCCGCAGCUGUUCAUCUUCUCGUACCAGGAAGCGGAGCCAGGCGUGUACGACUGUUGGGCGACGUUCCAAGUGCCUUGGGGUGAAAGAGCCUACGUCACCUGGUACAGCGUGUCGUCGUUCCUGGCGCCGCUGGCCGUGCUGGUGGUGACGUACGCGCGCAUCUGCCGCUCGCUGUGGCGGCACGCGGGCCACCCGCGCAUCUCGCGCGCCAAGGUCAACUCGGUGCGCCAGAGCGUCGCCGUCGUCUCCCUGUACGCCGCCUGCUCCGCACCCUUCUGCGGCGCGCAGCUGCUCGCCUCCUGGCACGCCAACUCGCCCUUCCUCACUGGGCCCGCAUUCACGAUCCUGACGCUGCUGUCGAGCCUGAACAGCGCGGCGAACCCGUUCAUCUUCCUGGCGUUCGACACGCAGCUGCGGCGGCUGAUGCGGUGCUGGCUGGCGUGCGACACGACGCUCGAGUCUCCGGAGUACAGCGCCACCUCGAUGCAGGCGCACCACCAGCCGCAGGCGGCGGGCCCGCAGCGGCGCAGCUGGCGCACCGCGCUGCUCGCCGACGCCUCUGCGGCCGGCCGCGACCCGGGCCCGCGCCGCGCCGCCUCCAACUGCUGCCUGUGACGCCGCCCGGCCACGCGGCGCCGCCGGGAAGACGCUCGCCUGCGUCGGCCGCUGGCGGAGGCGGCGGCGGCCGGAGGACACCGGCCCAGGUGGUGCCCCGCGUCGCCGUGGACCGCCGGCGCCGCCGCCGUCUGUGGCCGCUGCAGGGACCCGCGGGCCGCCGGCGGGCUGCGGCUGCGGAGUGAGAGGCUCUCGCUGAGAGAGGAACGCGUUGUCGGAUCUCGGAACGCGCUAACGCGCUCCUUCUCGAGGUAGCGACUUCAGUGCGCCAGCUGUUGAUCCAGAACACUGUCUAAAACGCAGCGUCUAACAACAGUGGACGAAAAUGAACUCUGUGCUACUGGACGAUCACCUACUAAAUUUGUCUGAAAGAUCGCCACGAGCAUAUCGAAAGAAAGAGUGAGACAUUUUACGUGAGAAAUCAAAUGUGAGAAACUAUUUUGCGUGGCAGGUGUGGCAGUUUUUCAAUGCUCACCAUGAGCAAAUGUGAAAACGGAUUUUCAGCAAUGUCUGUCUGGUUCUGAAAAGCAUCCAACAACUUUUAUACUCUCUUUGUUGCUGGCGAAGCGAUUUAGGUCCAUGGUCUAACUCGGGAGACGAUACACCAAUCAAAUCAAUGGCUGAAAAACUAGAACUACACUUCUCAGUUGCUGCACUCUCAGAAGACAAUGGCCUUCCGACCAACGUCUGAGGUGUUGUUUGUUGUUGUGGUCUUCAGUCCUGAGACGGGUUUCAUGCAGCUCUCCAUGUUACUCUAUCCCGUUCAAGCCUCUUCAUUUCCCAGUACCUACUGCAACCUACACCUUUCUGAAUCUGCUUAGUGUAUUCAUCUCUUGGUCUCCCUCUACGACUUUUACCCUCCACGCUGCCCUCCAGUACUAAAUCCUUUGAUGCCUCAAAACAUGUCCUAUCAACCGAUCCCUUCUUCUAGUCAAGUUCUGCCACAAACUUCUCUCCUCCCCAAUCCUAUUCAAUACCUCCUCAUUACUUAUGUGAUCUACCCAUCUCAUCUUCAGCAUUCUUCUGUAGCACUACAUUUCGAAAGCUUCUAUUCUCUUCUUGUCCAAACUAUUUAUCGUCCAUGUUUCACUUCCAUACAUGGCUACACUCCAUACAAAUACUUUCAGUAACGACUUCCUGACACUUAAAUCUAUACUCGAUGUCAACAAAUUUAUCUUCUUCAGAAACGCUUUCCUUGCCAUUGCCAGUCUACAUUUUAUAUCCUCUCUACUUCGACCAUCAUCAGUUAUUUUGCUCCCCAAAUAGCAAAACUCCUUUACUACUUUAAGUGUCUCAUUUCCUAAUCUAAUACCCUCAGAAGCACCCGACUUAAUUCUACUACAUUUCAUUAUCCUCGUUUUGCUUUUUUAGAUGUUCAUCUUAUAUCCUCCUUUCAAGACACUAUCCAUUCCGUUCAACUGCUCUUCCAAGUCCUUUGCUGUCUCUGACAGAAUUACAAUGUCAUCGACGAACUUCAAAGUUUUUAUUUCUUCUCCAUGGAUUUUAAUACCUACUGCGAACUUUUCUUUCGUUUCCUUUACCGCUUGCUCAAUAUACAGAUUGAAUAGCAUCAGGGAGACGCUACAAACCUGUCUCACUCCCUUCCCAACCACUGCUUCCCUUUCGUGCCCCUCGACUCUUAUAACUGCUAUAUGGUUUCUGUACAAAUUGUAAAUAGCCUUUCUUUCCUUGUAUUUUACUCCAGCCACCUUCAGAAUUUGAAAGAGUAUUUCAGUCAACGUUAUCAAAAUCUUUCUCUGAGUCUAUAAAUUCUAGAAACGUAGGUUUGCCUUUCCUUAAGCUAUUUUCUAAAAUAACUCCUAGGGUCAUAUUGCUUCACGUGUUCCAACAUUUCUAUGCAAUCCAACCUGAUCUUCCCCGAGCUCGGCUUCUACUAGUUUUUCCAUUCGUCUGUAAAGAAUUCGUGUUAGUAUUUUGCAGCCAUGGCUUAUUAACCUGAUAGUUCGGUAAUUUUCACAUCUGUCGACACGUACUUUCUUUGGGAUUGGAAUUGAGGUAUCCACUGCGUAAGGCGCCACUGGGCGGCAUGAUUGCGCUAGUCAAGGUCAUCACACCACUCACGCGACUUUUACUUUCACAACUCAUAUGUCCAGCACUUGUUCUCAGGAGGCUGACUAUUUUGCCUGGUCGUGACCUGGCAACCAAAGCCGGGAACGCUCUUCUGUGUAUCUCGACCAGAACACUAGUACUGUGAGAUCACAGUCUCAAGACUAUGCGACGCAGGCCACCUGUCGUGUCAUCCUCUGGAAAUGGCAUCAUCGUGUGCUGUACACAGGGCCAUGAGGUCUGUUCUGUAAACUACCAACCUUUGGAGCCCUUACUCCUCAGUUAGGAAUACAUAUAUAUUGGCAUUUAGAGAGUGAGCGCUCCCCUUUCCAGUCCUCGCAGCCAGGGUAAAAUCCCUGGCAUACCGGGGAUCGAAUCCGGUUCUUCCGCCUGACUGUUAUACGCUUAAGACUCUGUGCAUAACUGGCAGACCUCACAUCCAUAAACAAAAAAAAAAUAAUGAUGCAAUAGCAAGGCUACACCGGACCACCAAAAAAGAAACUCUCUAAAGUCUGGGGUCAUAUGUUUCACCUCUGUAUUUUUGCAAAAGCUUGACGUUAAUUAUCACGACAACAGACACUCGGGAACAUGAGGAAAUACGUUUUGAAAAAAAGAACGGACAAAAAUUUUUACUAAAAUAAAUGUGACCCGAAGUCACAUUUCUUUUUUGUGAACGGUAAACGAAAUUUUAUGUUACUACUCGUCAGUAACAAUGGACAGUACUUUCCCCAACAGGAUCGUUAAUCAGUAACUGCAGAAGUAGCAGACAUAAGGACGUUUGAUUUCAAAAGUGUUACUAUAAAUGUAAAUAUACUUCAGCACUCAUCACUCCAAGGGUUGCUUUGAACAAGACAGUUCUUCAGUAAAUAUAGUACUAUACCAACUGGUGAACUCCUCGUCUUCUUUCGACCUGUGAAUCAACUCACCAGUUUGGAUUUCGCCCUGAACUGAGGGUAUUUUAAUAAUAAAUUCCCUUGCAACUUAGCUUUAUCGCAAACCCCGUAUGUGGAACAUCUUCGAAUUAAUUAAUGCAUUAUAUGACUCUCUCUACGCGAAAAAGAAAUCAAAUUAAAUAAUUAAAAAAUUUCAGAAAGGUGAAAAAUGCGUUCAGUCUCAUAAAAGUCAUUUGAUUGACAACAGUCGGGUCCUUAAUAUUUCAGUUCAUUAAGUGACACUUUUCCAUUGACACCCACGUCGCUAAUAUUGCAAUCACACACAGUCGUCGUUCCGGAAACAUACACUUCUGACCACAAGAGAUCUUCGAGAUACACGAAACAUCGUGAACCACUGCGAAAAUGAUGACACGUGAAGCAGGGAGAAAGAUACAACGAAUCCUCUAAAACUGUCCAUGCCCUCCAUGGAUGACAAUUGCGAUAAAUGGUGUUCCUCCACCAGUAAUUCAUGGAAGUCAGUACGGGAUGUUAUGUUCUCGAAUGACUACCCGGGAAUCAUUGUGGAUCAGGCCAUCCAUAAUAGCUUGCAGUAAUGCGUUCCACUGCUGGACAAACAUCCUCUCAAGGUGGAUAAUCUUUGUGGUGUAGUUGAUGUAAUCCAUCUGCCUAUAGCGUAUCAUACAUGUUCAGCUUGAUUACAAUACAGAGAGCGAGCUAACCACUUUGAAGGUGUGGAGUCUUCAUUUUACAGACAUUUGUCUACCUGACCGGCCGUGUAUGUUCGGGCAUUAACAUCUAUCAGAUAAAACUAUGUACACAUGCAAUAUAAAAAAAGAUGCACGUAUCGUUCCAAUACAACACCCGUAUAUGCUGAAGGGGUUAUAGUACCUAAGAAAAACAGACACUGGCAUACAUGUUGCUAACAUGAUGCUGGCAUAAAGGAAAACAUACACGAGCCACAUCAUUCCAUUUGCACAAUAUUGGCUGCAUUGUACCCAUUAUAUUUCUUCCCUAGUCUUAUAUUAUUCCUUGAGCAUCUAAAUUCACGUGACAGUCAAUGAAAUUGGGAUCUAAGAGGUAGACAAAUUGUAUCUAAAGGAUUAAAAAUGCAGUGUAUUAACACUACCUGCAUUAACCAUAAACGUUAAUUUUCCACAAGAAGAUGCAAUUGCCCCGCCCCCUUUUCCAUAAUCAACCAGAAGCAUAACAUCAAGGCUGUCCACCAAAGUUGUUGCUUUCCAAAAAUAUAUCUAAUACUGUGGGUUUGUGGACAACCUCACUAUUCAUAAGAAUAUUAAUUUUCAUUUACUUUUGAAAAUGUCGUACUCUACACCAUCUACUUCAACAUGCAUGUUGACCGAUAAAGUGAAAUUUCCGGAAAACUAUUUCGAAGGAUCAGUUUUGGCGAUCCACAGAAUACUUCUGCAUUCUGGAAUGAUUCAUGAUAUAAGAAGCUGUGUCGUUACAUGUCAUGUCCCACUGUUGCUAUCCAAAAUAUGCCGCAUAAGCAGACGGGGAGAUACGUAAAUUUGUGGUGAAGGGUAACACACACCUGUCAUCACUCAUUUGGCUCUUAAAACUGAGUGGUUGGCUCAAGACAGGAUUUAGUCUGGAGACGUAUUCUCUAAAAACUUGAUAGAGGUUUACGACUGACGUAGAUUAGCAAAUAAGAAUAUUCUGUUGGAGCUUAUUAUAUAGUUUAUUGUGUAAGCAGUGAACAUCUUGUUUUUUUCAUUUUCUUUUCUUCUGAAAUUACAAUAUUACUUCGGUCCACAAUUUUCUUGAAACGAUAUUAAAACCUUUUUAUUACUUAUUUAUUGGAAAGAAAAUUUUGAAAGCAAAGGUUAAGUGGUGAGCUAAAAACACACGCCACACAGCAGCACUAAAACAGGAAAUCGUGCACACAUCACUAACCAUAUUACAUGGAGUGUUCAUUCAUUCGACUGAUGCAGCCACACUACGAAAAACAAAGGUCAAGCGCCCGAGAAAAUGGAGUAAAAUGGAAUAAUGUUGGGAUUAAUGUUUCAUCUUGUGCUCUGAGAGAAAACGCACAACAAAACGGCCUAUGUGUUGGCGAGGUAUUAUAUCCGUCAACAUCAAAACAAGAGAGGUAAAUAAUUUGUGCGAGGUCAUUAAUUCGUCUCUAAAUGUAAUCCUAGUGUAUGUUGUGGACCCUAGUCGAUACUAAAUCGUGUUGGUGAUGUCUUAGGUAAGAGUGAAUGUCCUAGGUGUUUGAAACUUGUUAAUGGAUUUGGUACUUACGUGACAGGUGCACCUACUUGUUUAGGGUUAGUGAGAGGCCUCUUCUACAGAAAACUCUGGGAAGGGCUUGAACAAUUUAUUUGAUUAGAAUAUGAACUGGCUGUGAUAUGUCGUAAUAAUUUAUAGUUAUUUUGUUAAUAGUGACACAGACUGACUUUUUAUUAUACUUAGAAAUCUUUGACAGUAUGAGCAGGCAAUGCGUUUGUUUCAUAAACUGUGUGUGUACAUACUUAAAAGGAAAGACACAAAUUAUUUUAUAAAACAAUAUUUACCACUUAUAGAUUCUUAAGAGAAUUCACAUAUUUUAUAAGUGACAUCAAUUCUAUGGAAUAAAUUUAUACUUUGACAUGUAUCUGUAUAAUAAAUACAAAUUUU